AGCCAAUAGGGUCACGGCAGGGGGCGUGGCGGGAGGUUUGAAACUCAGCUUCGGGAGUUGAGGCUCCAUCUGCUGUGCGCCAAAGGUGGAGUUGGGGCCCGGCAUCCCCUCCUUGCCCCGGGCCGGGCCCUGCUCUACCCUCUGCCAUCCGGUUGAGAUGGGCUCAGCCAAGAGCGUACCGGUCACUCCAGUGCGGCCCCCGCCGCACAACAAGCAUCUGGCUCGAGUGGCGGACCCGCGUUCACCUAGUGCCGGCAUCCAGCGCACUCCCAUCCAGGUGGAGAGCUCUCCACAGCCAAACCUAACAGCAGGGGAGCAGCUGGAGCAUCCUAAUCAGGCCCAGGACUCAGAUCCCCGCUCUCCUACCCUUGGUAUUGCACGGACACCUAUGAAGACCAGCGGCGGAGAGCUCGAAACUCCACUGGUGAAACAGCUGAGUGAAGUAUUUGAGACCGAAGCCCCCAAAUCAAAUUUCCCCCCAGAGCCUAUUCUGCCCCUAGAGGCACCUUCAUCUUCUGAAUUGGACUUGCCUCUGGGCACCCAGCAUUCCCCUGAGGACCAGAUGCCACAUGGGAGCCAGACUGAGCACCCCUCCAAGCAGGUGUUUUCCGAGGAAGAAACAGGACAGCCCUCAGAAACUCUUAUGGCCAGCCAGGGCUUAGACAAGCAUAUGAGAGACCCCGAGACGCCCAGACCUUCAGGUUCUAAGCGCAAUAGGCGGAAACCAAAUGGCAAGGUACUAGGGAGAUCUCCCCUCACCAUCCUGCAGGAUGACAACUCCCCUGGGACUCUGACACCACGACAGGGUAAGCGACCUUCUCCCCUGAGUGAAAAUGUUAGGGAACUAAAGGAAGGGGCCAUUUUGGGAACUGGACGACUCCUGGACCAUGACAAGGAAAAUCAACACUUUGCUUUGGUAAAGAACUAGGCCAUGCAUGGCCCCAGCCCUGGGUUCACCAGGGGUCUAGUGAUGUUCUGAGUCCUCUCACCCCUUCUUUCCCUGGGAGACUGGAAAGACUCAUUUUCUUGACUCCUCCUGAACUGCCACCUCUGGACCUGAGAGCUUUCUUAGGUUUUGUGUGUUAUGUGUUUUUUGUAUAUUAAAGGAAGUGAUUUUAAAUGA